AUGAAGGCUCUAUCCAGCAUAUUCGAAUGUGCCUUUGCCGGCGUUGAAGAGGGUGCCCACUGGGUUCAUGGCGGCACUGAAAAUGUCCCUGUUGCCACACUUCUCGAGAUGUACAAUGUAUCUCAAGUUCGAGUGGGAGGUGAUGAUGAUUACGAGGGCUCCAGGGACCAGUUGCUGCUGAUUUCACAGAAAGGAGAGACACUUUCGGCAGCUCAAAGAGACCUGUCCUUCGACCUUUUUGCUUCGGCGCGAGCUGCAAGCCAGGCGUUCGCCGAAGACGCCCUCUCAGACAACGCCACGAAUGUUUCGGUCGCGGACGUUUGGCAUCGCGCACUGCAGUUCAACUAUUCUGCUGAAGGGCAGGUUCUUCUUGACUGGCACAAGAAGGUCUCUUACGAACAGGAUUCGGGCGCCUCCAUCGACAAGCUGAGUGCUUUGGCUGAAUACGUUGCGGACUACACAGACUUCUAUAGCGAUCGGUCAAUGGGUCGGGAGAAGCAUGGUGAUGGCUUUGUGGAAGGUGGAUAUUCUACCUUGGUGAGGCGCUUGGCCGCCGGCUUAGACAUACGUUUGCAAUCUCCCGUGACUCGAAUCCACUAUUCAGAUGCUGGUGUGGCCGUGACAGCCAAAGGUGAAGUGCUUCGAGGCACGGCUUUGAUACUGACCGCCUCCAUUGGGGCUUUGCAAGCCGAAAGCAUUACCUUCGAGCCCGCUCUGCCAAGCUGGAAGCUAGAUGCUUUAAGACGCCUGGGCAUGGGAAAUGUGGCGAAGGUGCUGGUACGCCUGUCGGAGCGAGUACCCCGACUUCAAUCCGUAUACUCACUUGGCCAGUUGCUAUCCGAGCAGCAACAGGGCCAUGAUCUCAUAUCUUUUUGCAUUUGGGAUGGACAUGAGCAUGCCUCCAAGCCAGUGCUGGAGUGUUUCCUUGGCGGCGAACAAGCGGUGACCGCAGAGAAGAUUGAUGCCGAACAGUUGAAACGACGUGUUUCUCGCGAACUCAACUCUUCCCUUGGCAUCGCCGCUGUGGAGGAGGUCACCAUCACAAAAUGGUCAACAAACCCGUACAUCCGUGGGGCUUGGAGCUACGCUCCCGUGAAUUCCUCCGUGAAGGACUUUGACGCCAUGGCACGGAGUGUGGGAAGACUGCACUUUGCUGGCGAAGGCACUUGCAGACUUCUGUACGGCAACGUUCAUGCAGCCGUGGUAAGUGGAGCUCGCGCCGCACAUGACCUGCUGGACUUAGAGGAGGGAAACUUGCAACGGUGGCCACUGUUCAGACAAGCCACUGGGUUGGAAAAGGCACCUCACAUUCCUGGCUGUCCAGUCAUAUGCGUUGUCAUAUCAAUGGGCUCAGGGCUCUUGUCACAGCAACGGGUCUGUCUGAUGGCAUGUGUCGUUGAGGCUUCAAAAAAAGUUAUCGAAAAGUCAUACGGUAAGAUACAUUAG